AACGCCCUCCCCCCCCCCCCCCCCCCCAAACAGCUUCCUCUGAUCGUCCCGGACCGGUCCUCUCUACCGCUCACAUCGCGUCUGCUCCAAACUCACCCUUCGUUCCCUUGAAUUAUACAUCAAGGCAGACCGGGAACAAGGCGAUGGUGGGCAAACUCAAGCCACAUACGGCCGAGGACGACGUCUCGUUCUCCAGGAAUGGUGGCGACCCCGACACGGCCACCGAGGCCGCCACGGGCUCGGACUCGGACGACUUCCGCAUCAUCGACCCGCACAGCGGCGUCAAGCGCGGUCUCAAGACGCGCCACCUGUCCAUGAUGGCCCUGGCCGGCAUCAUCGGGCCCGGCCUUCUCAUCGGCUCCGGCGGCGCCCUGUCGGCCGGCGGGCCCGCCUCCCUGCUGAUCGGCUUCGGCGUCAUCGGCAUCAUCGCCUUCUCCAUCAUGCAGUCGCUCGGCGAGCUGACGACGCUGUAUCCCACCGGCGGCGCCUUCACCGCGCUGAGCGACCGCUUCGUGGACAAGGCCUUUGGCGUCGCCGUCGGCUGGAAUUACUACAUCAUCUGGUUCUGUGUCCUGGCCAACGAGUACAACGUCAUCUCGAGCGUCCUCGUCUUUUGGAGCGACAGGGUGCCCAUCUGGGGUUAUUUCCUGAUCUUCUGGUUCGCCUUCCUCGCCUUCCAACUGCUGGGAGUUGAGACGUUUGGAGAGGCCGAGUUCUGGCUUGCGCUGAUCAAGAUCAUCGGUUUGAUCGCCUACUUCCUCUUCAGCAUCGUCUACGCCUCGGGCGGUGUCAAAGGGGCUGACGCGGUCGGGUUUCGGUACUGGCACGAACCCGGCGCCUUCACCGAUGGCUUCAGGGGCGUUGCCUCGGUCUUCGUCUUCUGCAGCACCUUCUACGCCGGCGUCGAGUCCGUCGCCGUUGCGGCCACCGAGACCAGGAAUCCCGGUCACGCCGUGCCCCUGGCCAUCCGCCAAGUCUUCAUCCGCAUCGCCGUCGUCUACAUGGGCAGCGCCUUCUUCUUCGGCCUGACCUGCCCCGCCGACGCGCCGGAUCUGGUGGGCGGGACGAGCCGGGCGCUCAAGAGCCCCAUGACGGUGGCGAUCCAGAAGGCGGGCUGGGAGGGCGGAGUCCACCUGAUCAACGCCUUCAUCUUCAUCACCUGCCUCAGCGCCGUCAACAGCUCCAUCUACAUCGGCAGCCGCACCCUCCUGUACAUGGCCCAGGACGGCAAGGCCCCCAGGAUCCUCGGCUGGACCGACAAGCGAGGCGUGCCCAUCCCCGCCAUCGUCUUCACCAACCUGUGCGGCGCCCUCAGCAUGAUGAACGUCAGCACCGGCGCCAGCAAGGCCUACGGCUACAUUGUCAACCUCAGCGGCGUGUCGACCUUCCUCGUCUGGGGAGCCAUCAGCUUCACGCACAUCCGCUUCCGCUCCGCCUGGAAGGCCCAGGGCCACGCGCCGGCCGAGCUGCCGUUCCGGUCGUUGUGGUAUCCCUACAACGCCUACUUUGGCCUGGCCGCCAACGUCUUCUUGGCCCUCAUCCAGGGCUGGUCGACGUUCGCGCCCUUCGACGGCGGCUUGUUCGUCGACGCCUACAUCCUGCUGCCGCUCUUCGGCCUCAUCUUUGUCGUGUACAAGCUGGUCUUCAGGACGCACUGGUGGAAGGCCCACGAGGUUGACCUGCAAUCCGGGAGGCGGAGGGACCUGGACGAGGCCAAGAGGCAAGGCUCGGCUCCCGGCCGGGCUGCAGGGUCGAAGUGGUGGACCACGAUAUUCAAGAGCGUAUGACCUGGGAUGUGUGACACAUGAAUGCGGCACGACGUACUGUACGUGUCUAAGAUACCCUUGCACAGCGUAGAUUUCUCCGGGGAUAAUUAUACAAAGGCAUCAGAAAGAGUGCUAUCGUCACACAAAUCUGAUCGAGGUGCUUCCUGUUUUCUCUUUUUUACUUCACCAACCCCGCAACCAACCCCCCGCAGGUGAUGGACACG